CGCACAGUAGCCCGUGAAGUAGCCGGAUAAAAUUCUAGAUAAAGAUUUAACAAAUAUUAUCUCUGGAUGCAGUUAAUGGUGCUGUGGCUCAGGAUGAUAUCUUCAAUAGAUGGUGCAUCAGUUGUGCGUAAAAAGAUGGAGACAUAAUUCUUCUAAAAUCGGGUCUGGCGGUGAAACCGACUGAAAGACGCACAGCAGAGCAGUCCAUGCCUGAGUACAUCCAGAAUGAGUCCAUCAGGUGCAUUACUGAGACUCAGAAGAAAGUUCAUCCCUUCACUGCUGUCCCUGCUGGGUCUUUGUGUGCUGCUGUUGGUCACUGUGAAGUACAGCUACACCCCUGAAUGGCUACCUCCACCUCUGCAGAUUCAGACUUUUAACAAGUAUGAUGUGAAAUGUGAAGCUGUGUAUGACAUGGACCCGGUGGAAGUGGGGAAAUCACUGAUCGUCAGAAGGACUGAGCUUGUUCAAGACAUGGAUGAAAGUCUGUCUGCUGUCACAUCAAACUGUUCGCUGUUCAUCAGGAUGAGAGGUUAUGAUGAUGUGUGUGCGUCAGAGGAGGAGAGAGAAUUUCCUUUGGCUUAUUCUCUGGUUGUGCAUAAAAAUGCAUGGAUGGUGGAGAGACUGCUCAGGGCCAUCUACUCACCCUCGAACAUCUACUGCAUCCACUAUGAUGAAAAGUCCUCUGCUCAGUUUAUCUCAGCCAUGAAAGACUUAGCUGAGUGUUUACCUAAUGUUUUCAUCGCCACAAAGAGAGAAGUGGUCUACUAUGCCAGCAUGACUCGACUGAAAGCUGAUCUCCACUGUCUGUCAGACCUUCUGAGAUCGGACGUCCAGUGGAAGUAUGUCAUCAACCUCUGCGGUCAGGAUUUUCCUCUCAGGACCAACAUCGAGCUGGUGUCAGAACUCAAGAAGCUGAACGGGGCGAACAUGCUGGAGACGUGUCAACCUACUGAUGUCAAAAAGGAAAGGUUUACAUUCCACCACGAGCUGAGAGACAAUCCUGAUUUAGGGAAAUGGCAAGAAGCAACAGAACAGAUAAAGGCACCGCCUCCACAUGGUAUCGAGAUGUUCACUGGUAGCGCCUACUUUAUCCUGUCACGAGAUUUUAUAGUUUUCAUGAACGCUUCAGCUGUAGUGAGGGAUUUUCUCGACUGGUCAGAGGACACUUACUCCCCAGACGAACACUUCUGGGCCACACUUGUGCGGAUCCCAGGUGUACCUGGGGAGAUACCCAGAUCCCACCCUGAUAUCACCGACCUGAUGAGUAAGACCAGACUGGUAAAGUGGGAAUACCAGGAGGUGGCAGUCUACCCACCAUGCACUGGAGAACACGUCCGCAGUGUUUGUGUUUUUGGUGCUGCAGAAAUACGCUGGUUACUGAACUAUGGUCACUGGUUUGCCAAUAAAUUUGACCCCAACGUGGACCCUGUUGCUAUUCAGUGCCUUGAGGAGAAGCUGGAGGAAAGGCAAAAGUUUUUCCACUCAACAUCACCCUCUUCCUGUCAACAAGUUUAGGCAAAAAAAACAGUAUUGGGGUGCCAAGAAAUGGCGUUCCUUUGAACAACAUGCAUCAGCUUGGACUCAAAUGGUCUCUAAAUGGGAGUUUUCAUAGUUUUUAAAUACCUCACAGUAGUACAAUCAGUGGUGAACCCUCUUCUCAAUCCUUCUCUGAAGCAUGCCAUUCAGUAGUAUGAUGCAAUUAGGCCUUUGCACGCCAAGGGCAGCGUGAAUAAACGGUACUAAAAUGUGAAUAAUUUGAAGACAGAAGUUCUGUUUACAUCAGAAGUGACACAAUUUGCACAUUUUUUUAAGGUUUAUUUUUGGCCUUUUUAAGGCCUUUAUUCGAUAGGAGGAGGACAGUGGAUAGAGCUGGAAACAGGAGAGAGUGGGGAGAGAUAUGUGGCAAAGGGUGCCCUCAAUUUGUACAUUCUAAAAAAUAUUUAUAUGUUUGUACUGCAAAGGUCUGCACUAUCUUGGAGUGAUCUGAGAUGCAUUAGAGCAGAAGAUACAGGGAAGUAUUUGAAUGUGCAUGUACUCUAGAGUUGCUUCUAGCUUGAAUGCAGAAGUGCAUUUUAACUGCUUUUCUCCCUCAUUAUGCGAUGUUCAUGAAUGAAUGAGAUGCUGUUUUUAAUGAACAGAGUCCUCAAUACAGAGCAAGAAGUAGUAUUAAAGAAUAGGGUGUGGAGAUGGGCAGUGCUGGUAUAAACUCCCUGGAAAUGCUGGUGGGGAAGGUUGGAAAUUAUUGGGGAUGAGUUUGAGUGAUUGACCUUGCCACCAUGACAAAAAAAUUCCUUUACAGUUAACACAGUUACAGUUCUUGUAGAAAUAUUUCAGAUUAUAUAAGACCUCAAUUCAAAAAUAUGUACAACUUAGGAAAAGUCAGACUUUAGAUAAAUAUAGACAUCUCCCUGCUUUAACUCUACAUAAUGUAUCUUAGAGACAAAAAGUUACAUGAAAAGGGGACAAACAUCAUGUGGUGUUGUUGAGAGGAGGAUAUAUUUGCUCCUGGCUGCAGACCACAGAUCUCAGACGCCUUGCAGACCAUGAAGGUGAAACGCUGCAUCUAUCAGAACAGAAAUACAUGCUUAAGCUUUCAAAAUUAAAUUGGAUUGAUUUUUAAUUUGGGUUAAGGUAAAGGUUAGGCCACCAAAAGUUACAAGUAAAAAAACCUGCACAAUCUAAUUACAAAACAUUUCAUAAUGAACAGUCUGCUUUAAGCAAUAAAGCUUGUCCACAUAGGUAAUGUAGCUAUGUAGCUUAAUCAACAACUACAUUAGCUAUGUUAGGUACAUAAGAUAUGAAGAUAAUGUAGCAAUGUGGUUGAAUAUAAAGGUAUCUCAGCUACAUAGCUAAAUGUAAAGCUACCCAGGUUAUGUUAGCUAUGUAAGAUAAGUAGGUAACAAAGCUACAUAGCUAAAAAUAAAGCUACAAAAGCUAUGUAGGUAGUAGCUGACGUGGUUAAAUCUAAAGCUAUCAAUGCUAUGUAAGCUAUGUUAGCUAUGUGGGCAACGUAGCUAAGUAGCUAAAUCCAAAGCUACCUAGGCUAUGUUAGCUAUGUAAGUUAUAAAACUACAUCGCUAUAUAGUUAAAUCUAAGGCUACCCAAGCUAUGUUAGCUAUGUAAGCAAUGAAGAUAAAGUAGCUUAUUAGCUUUAUCUAAAUCUACCUAAAAUAUGUUGUAAGAUAUGUAGGUCAUGUAGCUAACAUAGCUAAAUCUAAAGAAGCUUUGUUAGGUACAUAAGCUAUGUUGGUACACAGCUUAUGUAGCUAAAUCUAAAACUAAUGAAGCUAUAUAGCUGUGUAAGCUAUGAAGGUAACAUACCUAUGUAACCAAGAUACAUAGCUACAUUAGCUUAUGCUACAUUUGCCAAAGAUAGACCCAUUUAUGCUAAUGUGGCAUCAAUUUAGCUUCAUUCGCUUUAUCUAAAGCUAUUGAUGCUUUAUUUGCUCACAUCUCACUAGCAGUUACAUUAACUACGUAGCUAGAGAUGCUAUGUUAGCUUGAACUAAGCAAGCCAUCAUUUGCCUAACUACUUCUGAAACAGGUCUACACAUAAUUUAAUCUUGAAUCAGACAUCGGGCCCUUUUUUACUAUUUUAUCUAGCCCACUCUGUAAUGUUUGCAAUGUGUUUUUUUCAUGAACACAUGUAGCUAUUAUAUUUUGCGUAUGAAUAAAGCUGUAUUUAAAAAGCUUCUAAAACAUUGCGCCAGUAAAGUACGUCCCUUAUGUUCUGACAGAUGCAGGGUCUCACAGUUGUACUUGUGAAAGGUUUGUAAAAAAAUAAAAUGUGUGAAUUAGUCACACGGACAUCUAACGUGUAUGGUACUUACAGUUCUCUGGGAUAUCUAGUGGCACAGCAGAGCUGACGGCCCUACUUUCCUCAUUAUACUGGUUCUCACUAACUGUAGCCAAGCGGGAGAAGUAGUUGGUCCAUGUGUAAAAUCAAAGUGCCAAUUCAGUGUCAUUCCUUGUCCAGCAGCAGUGGUGUUGUGUUGUUUUCACAAGAUGAAACUUAUAAUAAAAUGGAAUAAUCUCUCUUCCCCAGAAUAACAAUGACUACAUAUUGUGAGCACUUUCAAUCCAGAGUUUUUACUACAAAGUAAAUAGAACUAUGACAAGACAAGAAUAUUUAAAAAGUUUUUACCAACUGAUUUUAGAAUAAAAAAUGCUGGUUAUUCAAUUAAAUAUUUCUGUAAGUUAACUGGCGAUGGUCUUUGAAUUUGUGCCUGUUUUAAGAACAAGGAGGCGUGUAUUGUUUGCUGUGGUAUGGU